GCUAAUUUGCAUAUCAACCUAGCAGCAGCUUCCUCAGCAACCAACUGGUCAGGGUCUUGAAUUGUGAUUUCCGUGACUUUCCGGAUUGUAACGUUUGUCUUUGAUGGACCGUCAGUUAUAAAAUUCCUUGACAAACAACAUUGUCCAAGCUUGUCAUCUGUAACACAGACAAUAACAAUUUCAAGACAAGUGAUUAAUGACCGGAGAUUGUGAGACCACCAAGGUUGAAGCGAUGGUACAUUGUUUUCAAGAACAUUUUCUCGACACUCAUCUCAGAUGAAGCAGAUCAGAUUGAAAACAAUAGGACCGUAACUACAAGUAUAGAACAAAAGCCAUGUCGUUUCUUCAACUGAAGAAGUACAUGUCGCGGCGGACCCGUGGGUAUCGUCUUGUGUUUCUCCUCGGCGUCUUCGCCAUUGGCUUUUUGUCAGUUAACUAUGUGUCCGUCCGGAAUCCUCAGUCUUUCCCAAAGUAUGACGAACCAAUUCCUUACUCUGAUACCAACCAUCUUUUUAUUCAUCGACAUCUGUUGUCGGAUAACUCGACAACGGAUGAAGGAAUAUACCCGCCCUCACUUUUUACGUUGGAACAGAUGCGUCAGGGUGCCGUUAUCCUCCAUGUGUUUGGAAUGGUGUACAUGUUUGUGGCACUUGCUAUUGUCUGUGAUGAAUUCUUUGUGCCUGCUUUGGGAGUCAUUAUAGAGAAGUACGACAUCUCCGAAGAUGUGGCUGGAGCAACAUUUAUGGCGGCAGGUGGAAGUGCUCCAGAAUUCUUCACAAGCAUUAUCGGUGUUUUUCUGGCAAAGAGUAAUGUCGGUAUUGGAACUAUAGUGGGAUCUGCUGUUUUUAAUAUUCUUUUUGUUAUUGGGAUGUGUGCAGUGUUUAGUAAACAACUGUUAAUAUUGACUUGGUGGCCUUUGUUUCGAGAUGUCACUUUCUAUAGUAUCGACCUUAUAGUGUUAAUUGGAUUUUUUUCGGACAAUGAAAUUACAUGGUGGGAGGCGCUCAUUUUGUUUUUCUUAUAUCUUGCCUAUGUGAUUUUCAUGAAAUUCAACGAAAACAUUGAGCGAUUUGUCAAAGGCUGUACAAAGAAGACGUCCAUGAACAAGGUGGCAAGCACAGACACUUUACUCAAACAGAAAGGUGAGCGGCGAUGCAGUUUGCCGAUUCUUCAUGCAGGAAGCAGUCGCUUCCGCCAUGGCGUCCUGCAACUGAUGAUUCAUACAAUUGACCCUCUCGGACCUGAGAAAGUACAAGACAAAGCAGUGGCUCUGCAUGCAAUGGCUAGCCUACAGCUUAUGAUCAACAUGGAUUCCAAAGAAGGUGCCAAGCAGAACGGCAAUGUGGACCAGGACAACAAUAUGCAAGUUAAUGUCAUCUCAAAUGGCAAGGUGUCACCUGCUUACGAGUCUACAGGGUCAUUAAGAAAAGGUAGCCCUUCUGUGAGUCAGGAAACUGCCUUAACAAUGGUGGACCAGGAACCAGAUCAGAAUGGUAAAGUGACAAGACGAGAUGUCAACGUUGCUGUUGAUGGAAAACAGGAAGGCGAAGAUGAGGCACAAAGUAGUAAUGAUUCAAAAUCGGAGACCCCAGGAUGGGAGGAGGAAGAAGAGCCACUUGACAUGAGCUGGCCAAGCACUUGUCGUAAACGUUGCACCUACAUUUUCCUGGCGCCCAUUGUGUUCCCACUGUGGUUGUUUCUGCCUGAUGUCAGACGAAAGGAAAAGAAGAAGUGGUUUUUGUGCACGUUUAUUGGGAGUAUUUUGUCGAUCGCAGUCUUCUCUUACUUGAUGGUGUGGUGGGCCAGUGAGACUGGCACUACAGCCGGCAUCGCGCCAGAGGUGAUGGGACUAACCUUUCUGGCAGCUGGCACCAGCAUCCCGGAUCUCAUCACUAGCGUCAUCGUUGCCAAGAAGGGGUAUGGUGACAUGGCCGUUUCAAGUUCUGUCGGGAGUAACAUCUUUGACAUCACUGUGGGAUUGCCAAUUCCCUGGUUGCUUUGGAGUGCUACCCAAAAUGGUGCUGCCAUCAACGUCAGCAGCAAGGGCCUGUUGUGUUCUAUAAUCCUCUUGUUCAUCAUGCUGCUGGCUGUCAUUGUCACCAUCGCUGUCAACAAGUGGAAGAUGAGCCGGACACUGGGCGGUAUCAUGUUUUUUCUCUACAUCGUCUUCAUCACCCUCAGUGUCCUGCUGGAGAUCGGCAUUCUCAAGUGCCCGGAAACAAAACCUUAGCCCGAUCCCGAAUGCCAGCCACAUGGUACCAGAUCUUGUCAUGGAACUUCUGGCAGGAUAACAGAGUUGGAUUGACUUGUUUUUUUUGUUUUGAUAUUGUUUUAUUGUAGGAACAGAUAUAAGAAGAUCUGAAGACCAAAUAACAUAAAUAUUGAUUGAAUUAAUUUCUUAUUCCUAUAUACCUGCCAACAGCAGAGAGUUUGAGCUACUCUCCUAUUCCUAAUCUGUAGACUAAGAGGAAUACAUAGGAGAAAGCCUGACAACUGAACAUUGGGUCAUCUGAUUGCUCCCAUUGAUGCUUUCUGUGGAGCUGCCUGCAUUAAAAUGUGAUAUGGGAUGAAGACUCUGUUCCUGCAUGUGGUAUAUUAAAGAUGUGUUGACCCAGCCUGCGGAGCAUUAACGCUGAUCUUUUGCUUCAUUGCUAGUUCUCCUCUGAGGUGAUUAACCUGCAUCAGAGUUGUGACUGGGUGAUGCCUUUGUACAUAUGAAACCUCCAUGGUGCCUGACAGUGUUUGGAAGAGUACCUCAAUAUUGAAAAAAUGGAAGGUUCAGCAUUUCUGAGAUUAACUUUUUCAUGAAGCAGAAAAGAGAAACCUUUUGGAAAAUUGUUCCAGCCAGUCUAGCAAGCUAGAUGUAGCACUCUGCAUGGAUACUGAUUGACAAGAAGAGAGUGAUGUCCAUGAGAGAUGGUGUCAAUGAGAAACAAUGUCAAUGAAAGAGAGAUGACAGUGUGCAUGAGAGAUGGUGUUCAUGAGAGACAAUGUCCAUGAGAGAGAUGCCAGUGAGAGUCACUGUCCAUGAGAGAUGGUGUCAAAUAGACAAUGUCCAUGAGAGAGAUGCCAGAGAGUGUCCAUGAGAGAUGGUGUCAGAGAGACAAUGUCCAUGGGAGAAAGGUGCCAGAGAGUGUCAAUGAGAGAUGGUGUCAGAGAGACAAUGUCCAUGGGAGAGAGGUGCCAGAGAGUGUCCAUGAGAGUCACUGUCCAUGAGAGAUGGUGUCAAAUAGACAAUGUCCAUGAGAGAGAUGCCAGAGAGUGUCCAUGAGAGAUGGUGUCAGAGAGACAAUGUCCAUGGGAGAGAGGUGCCAGAGAGUGUCCAUGAGAGUCACUGUCCAUGAGAGAUGGUGUCAAAUAGACAAUGUCCAUGGGAGAGAGGUGCCAGAGAGUGUCCAUGAGAGUCACUGUCCAUGAGAGAUGGUGUCAAAUAGACAAUGUCCAUGAGAGAGAUGCCAGAGAGUGUCCAUGAGAGAUGGUGUCAGAGAGACAAUGUCCAUGGGAGAGAGGUGCCAGAGAGUGUCCAUGAGAGUCACUGUCCAUGAGAGAUGGUGUCAAAUAGACAAUGUCCAUGAGAGAGAUGCCAGAGAGUGUCCAUGAGAGAUGGUGUCAGAGAGACAAUGCCCAUGAGAGAGAGAUGCCAGAGAGUGUCCAUGAGAGACACUGUCCAUGAGAGAUGGUGUCAGAGAGACAAUGUCCAUGGGAGAGAGAUGCCAGAGAGUGUCCAUGAGAGACACUGUCCAUGAGAGAUGGUGUCAAAUAGACAAUGUCCAUGAGAGAGAUGCCAGAGAGUGUCCAUGAGAGACACUGUCCAUGAGAGAUUGAAACUGUGUCAAAAGGAAUAAUGUCCUUGAAGGACAUUUUCAGUGAGAGUCGGUGUGGGUAAGAGACUGUCCAUGAGAGACAGUGUAGGUGAGAAACUGUCCAUGAGAGACAAUGUUGGUGAGGAACAGUUUCAAUGAGAGACGGUGUAGGUGAGAGACUGUCCAUGACAGACGAUGUUGGUGAGAGACGGUGUCAAUCAGGAACAGUUUCAAUGAGAGACAGUGUUGGUGAGAGACUGUCCAUGACACACGAUGUUGGUGAGAGACGGAGUCAAUCAAGAACAGUUUCAAUGAGAGACGGUGUUGGUGAGAGACUGUCCAUGACAGAUGAUGUUGGUGAGUGACGGUGUCAAUCAAGAACAGUUUCAAUGAGAGACGAUGUUGGUGAGAGACGGUGUCAAUCAAGAACAGUUUCAAUGAGAGACGGUGUUGGUGAGAGACUGUCCAUGACAGAUGAUGUUGGUGAGUGACGGUGUCAAUCAAGAACAGUUUCAAUGAGAGACGGUGUUGGUGAGAGACUGUCCAUGACAGACGAUGUUGGUGAGUGACGGUGUCAAUCAAGAACAGUUUCAAUGAGAGACGGUGUUGGUGAGAGACUGUCCAUGACAGACGAUGUUGGUGAGUGACGGUGUCAAUCAGGAACAGUUUCAAUGAGAGACGGUGUUGGUGAGAGACUGUCCAUGACGGACGAUGUUGGUGAGAGACGGUGUCAAUCAGGAACAGUUUCAAUGAGAGACGAUGUUGGUGAGAGACGGUGUCAAUCAGGAACAGUUUCAAUGAGAGACGGUGUUGGUGAGAGACUGUCCAUGACAGACGAUGUUGGUGAGUGACGGUGUCAAUCAGGAACAGUUUCAAUGAGAGACGGUGUUGGUGAGAGAGGUGUCAGUUACAGACAGUGUUGGCACUGACACUCAGUAGAAUGUCUAUAAGGUUGGACAGUAUAACAAACUCUCACGAGGAGGGACAAACAAUUAUCUGAUAUAAUAAAUCUUUCAAAGGAUUGUUAUCUCACAACAGACUGAUGCAAAGGAAGUAUGUUUGGCAUUGUCCAACAUCCAUCAGUCUACAUCCGUGCCUAUAGAGACUAGCCAUGUUAAUGGGUGGCACCAUUGUAUACAGGUUCAGCCAUAUACCUAUGUCAUAUACAUGUAGUGCUUUAUUCAAGACAGAAUGGUACAGAUUGGCGACAUGCAAGUAUGUACAUGUACAUAAGACAGUGAUAAUUACCUUGUUGCUAUGGCAACCAUACAAACAGCAAGAUGGUGAGCGAUCUUUUUUGUUGAAUAUUUUCCUGUAUAGUUUGAAUUUUAUGAGAUGGCAGAAAUAUAUUUUUUGCCUUGUCCCCAUGACCAAAUGUUUGACUUCUUGUUUUUUAAUCUGUUUCAUAAGAUUUGUUCAUUGUUAUCAUGUCAAUAUUUAAUGUCUUAUUCUGUGAUAAGAGAAAGCAUAUUUUAUCACCAAAGUCUUUGUUUGCAAGCAGAUAACAUGUAUUCAACUGGAGUAUGACAGACAUAUUAUGGCAGUUUACUUAUGGCAUGGAGACUUGCAAUAAGGAACAGUUAUAUCAAUAUGAAUAUAAGUAAAGUACAUUCUUUAAGUAUGUCCAAACAAAAUACAAGGAAUAUUUGUAUUGGUCAAUUCAACACAGUAAUGAGUACUGUAUAGGUAGCAUCUGUGAUACGUUUUGUAAAUGUUUUCAAAUGAUCAGUUUGUGUUUGUGGUUUCAUGCAGUUGGUUUCUUCAAGAGAUCAGCAUGGCCCAUUGGAAGUCUUGCAGAUCGUUUAUUGUCUUUCAACUUUGUACAUUUCAACCUAAGUCAGUCUGUACCCUGUAGUAAAUGCAGACCAACUAGUCACUGUGUUAACAAUACCCUGUGAUAAACACAAGUAGACAACAUUAUCUAAUUACUUAUUCUCACAAAAAGGGGCAGGGAUUUUUUUAUAAAAUGUAAUGUACAGAAAAUAAUGGCUCUCCUUAACGUUCAUCAUAUUAUCAUAUUUCUGGAUGACCCUCCCUGAAAAGACAAAUGUAAAAGCAUUAUGAAUAUGUAUUUUAUUACCCUCCCCUAGGGACUGUCAUAUUUUGUCAUGACGCUACUCUGAUUCCCUUUUACCCACCCAACCCUACCCUG